GUCCGGAUCUACAAAUCAUGCGCACAGGCCUCCUGCGGUUAUGAUACGCCCAUGACUGCGCGUUCAUGAUUAUGAAGUCGACGUGCAUAGCUUGUAACCUGCACUCUGAGGCGAGCUAAGCUGCCUCCAACAAGAUGUUUACGGGUUAUCCACGGUGGAGCACCCGAAUAAUCAGACGAAGCACGGCAGAAUGGUGUAGCUCUUAACUGAUAUGGGUGAAGACACCUGUGUGUUUCCCGGCAACGCUCAUAGCUAAAGCAGAGGUUGGCAGGAUGGGCGAGCGAGGCGGCAGUGGCCCCGUGGCUGCGAUCUCUCCAGUGCAGCAGAUGCUGGCCUCUGGCACUGGAGCCCUCAUCACAUCUCUGUUUGUCACGCCACUAGACGUUGUGAAGAUCAGGCUGCAGGCUCAGCAGACACCGUUCCACCAAGCUUCAGCGUCUUUUUCUGCUCCGUGGGAUGGUGUCUCACGUCAUUCCAAGUCUAAUAAUCUGAGUGUGGUUUUCUCUUCCUCUGACCACCUCAUGUGCCUCCUCACAGGGAAGUGUUUCCUGUAUUGUAAUGGGCUGAUGGAUCACAUCUAUGUUUGUCAGAAUAGAACCAGUUGCACCAGCUGGUACAAAAAGCCAACUCAGUUCAGCGGGACUCUUGAUGCAUUUGUGAAAAUCACUCGCCAUGAAGGUCUUCGGUCUCUGUGGAGCGGGCUACCACCAACUUUGGUGAUGGCAGUACCUGCCACUGUCAUUUACUUCACCUGCUACGACCAGUUGCGGGACUUCCUGACAUUCGGUGUGGGUCUUCAGGGCAGUCAUGUCCCUCUUGUUGCUGGGGGUCUUGCCAGAUUGGGAGCUGUGACGGUGAUUAGCCCACUGGAACUGGUCAGGACCAAGAUGCAGUCCCGUCAGCUGUCCUACAGCGAGCUGCGGACAUGUAUCCGCUCUGCUGUGGCCCAGAAUGGACUUCUGUCCCUGUGGAGGGGCUGGGGACCCACCGUUCUCAGAGAUGUACCCUUUUCAGCUUUGUACUGGUUUAACUAUGAAAUGGUGAAGGCCCGGCUUUGUGAACAGUCUGAAGUUCCUCAGGCCAACUUCUCUAUCAGCUUUACUGCAGGAGCUGUUUCUGGAGCAAUCGCUGCAAUCCUGACGCUGCCCUUCGAUGUUGUGAAGACUCGCAGACAGAUCGAGCUGGGAGAGAUGGACACUUUGGGAGUUUCUGUGAAGAGAACGUCAUCCACCUGGCACAUCAUGAAGGAAAUACGGGCCGAGUUGGGCUACAGGGGCCUUUUUGCAGGUUUCAUGCCCAGGGUGAUCAAAGUGGCCCCAGCCUGCGCUGUUAUGAUAAGCAGCUAUGAGUUUGGAAAGGCCUUCUUCCAAAAGAUGAACCUUGAUCGAGAGCAGCUGGCAUUGUGAAGGCGGUCACUGUGCCGCUGGUUGUUUGUCACAGCAAAACAUGCAGAGAAUAAUUCAGGACAAGUCUGAAGAGUCAGCCCAUUUGUGGAGAUUUCUUUUUUUUGCAGAUCCACGCACCUCACCACUUACCCCGCAUCCCUGGACACAAUAAGGAGCCUGAAUCCCAGGCAGAGAUUUUCUGGGACCACAAACUUUGUGUGCUUAAUGGAGUAAAGUUUAAAAGAUAGAAACUUUGUUUAGUGGUUAUGUAAAGGAACAUGUACCAAAUCAUUGUAGUCUUAUUGUGCUCUCAUUUUUCCAAUGAAACGGAGGAAAUGAGGAGUAAAUCUCAGUGAAGACCCUGAACCUGCUCACCUGCUAUCCAGGACAGUGGGGGAGGGAAACCACCUUAAAGACUGCAUCCUUAUCGGGUGAAAGGAAAAUGUUUCUUUUCCUGCACUUUGGAUUGUGCGACAGACUGCAUGGUGUGUGCAGGCCUGAAGACUUCCUGUCAAUGUAAAGCAUGACAAUUUUGACAUUUAUCUGCUGUGUAGAUGAGUAAACGAUAUGGUUCGUAUGCUGGAUAGAUUCGGAGCACUCUUACGUUUGCAAAACAAGUGCUGUGAAAUGAAAUCAUAAAAAGCAACUUAAGCUUCUUUUUAAAAAAUGUUUGUAAAUGAGGAAAGCCAUACUGUGGGUUUUCAAGGAUAACCUUACAUUAGUUUGGCUAAAUUGAAGCAGGCCUUAUUGGAAUAAAUAAUACGAUUAUUCCAAUUACGUGACAUAAUCUUCUGUGAAAACCACUGCAGCAAACUUCUCAAAAGUCACAGAUGUCACCAAAAAAUGUUGGGAGGCUUGUUACAAAAAGCAAUAACAAAAAGGAGAAAGUCUCUGCUCAUAAAAGUUUUGGACUUCUUAUCUGCAAUGAACAAAAACACUGGGUCAUGAAACAAAAUAUUUCUGCCUUAAAUUGCAAGCUAAAUGUGAUUGUGUGUCCUUUGUGUUUUCUUUUUUGUAUGUGUGAAAUCUGAAGGUGGCUUCAUCUUUAUGCAAUGAGUGACUUAUUUCCUAUGAUGUGGUAUUGUAAAUGACCACUAUUUAAUAAAAUUUCACUUAUGCGUUAA